GUUGCAAAAAAAGGUCAGAUUAGAAGCUCUUUCCUUUUAAAUAGUCAUCUGCACUCUGCUUGGGAGUGCUGUGGGUGGGGAAUCACUAUCCAGCUGCCCUGACUUGGAUUCUGGAAUUUUUACCUCUGCCUUCCUGCUAACUACCACCUUAGUUUUGCAACCUUAAAUUUCCAUUGUCAGCAGCUUCAGAGCAAUUGAAAAAUCAGACCUACAGACCCAUGAUAAUUAUAUCUUUAAUUUCAGUCCUCAGAAAUGCAUCCUAUACUGCCCAAAGUGUAGUGUCUGUUGUGUUCUUACUGUCUGCAAUAGUUUCCUAGGUAGCUCUGCCUUGGCUCAUCCAUGCACUAACCCAUCUUUCUGAAGCAUUUGCAACAAGUCUAAAAAUUGCCUUUGGAACACAGUUGUUUUAUAGAGCUUAUCUGCUUAUGUUCCACCAAGCUUUACGUAGUACCUUCCAGCUCUUUUGUGUUACUACCUUUUCUAUCUUCUGGGGUUUUUCAUAAGAUAUUGUGGCUUGAUCUCUUGGAUGUUUGAGUGCAAUUGAGUGUAUUUUCACAGAUAUGUAGAGAAUGAGAUUAGAGUCGCUGAGUCCUACUAUCUGUUCCAUUACCUUCUGAGUGAGCUGUAUGCCUUAGAGGGAGGAGCUGCCUGCUGGUUGUGUUAUGUAAAAUAAUAAAUAAUUUAUAAUGCUAACUGAAUAUAUCUGCCUUGGUGAACAAACGUACAUUGAAGUGCUUCACAGAUGCAUAUUGAGACAAAAUCAAAAGAAUUCCCUGAAGACAUGUGAGAAUAAUUUGCUUUAUUUGAUUUUUUAAAUGGGAGAACUUCGCUGUGAGUCUGUGCUUUAUUCAAGGGUAUUAUUUUCCACUUAAGGAUCCAUGCAAGCAGUUACAGAGAUCUGCAAUAUGAUUCUGCAAAUACUUAGCUUUUUUUAUUGAAAGCAACUUUUCUGACGUACUGUCUUGUUGCUGAUACUAGCAUCUACUCCAGUUAAAGGAUCACAUGAAGCUUUGGAUCAUGUGGCUCUUUCCUCUUGUCUGUUGUAACAAAAGGAUUAAUGGAUUUUGUGCAUUGCUUUAGAAAGCUGAAGGUGUUGCAAUUACUAUCAAAUGCCAAUUUUAAUGUAGCUUUGAAGCUGUGAUGUAUGCAUGGAAUUUCAAAGAACUGCAUCUUUUUACCGAGCAUGGCAAUUUGGUAUUCGUGCUUGAUGGUAUGAAUUGAUACGACUUCUACAAGUAAUUUUGUUUUCAAGCAGAGACUGUUGAUUUCUAUCAUAUGAACUCUACCAGCUUUUCCAGUUUUUAUCUUGGGAAAUUAAAAUUUGUAUAAACAGAAGAAACUUUGUCUACAUUUCUCUUCUCAAUGUAAAUUAUUAUUUCUGCAGUGAUUAGUUAACGAUGAUCUGCUUUGCAAGACAUAAAUGCGGCAGUGACCUGCUCUCGUUUAGAUGUUGCGGUAGUAGAAUGACUGAAUCUGGCUAUGGAUCAGAGUCAAGUUUGCGACGUCAUGGCUCCAUGGUGUCUCUUGUCUCUGGAGCAAGUGGAUACUCUGCAACGUCCGCCUCUUCAUUCAAGAAGGGCCAUAGCUUACGUGAGAAGCUUGCAGAAAUGGAAACCUUUAGAGACAUCUUGUGUAGACAAGUUGAUACUUUACAGAAAUACUUUGAUGCUUGUGCAGAUGCAGUUUCCAAAGACGAACUCCAGAGGGAUAAAGUGGUAGAAGAUGAUGAAGAUGAUUUCCCUACAGUACGUCCUGAUGGAGAUUUUGUACAUAACAGUAACAGCAGUAAGGAAAAACUGUUUCCACAUGUGACACCCAAAGGAAUUAAUGGCAUAGACUUUAAAGGAGAAGCUAUAACUUUCAAGGCAACUACUGCUGGAAUCCUUGCUACACUCUCUCAUUGUAUUGAACUCAUGGUAAAACGUGAAGAAAGCUGGCAAAAAAGGCUAGAUAAGGAGACAGAGAAAAGGAGAAGAAUUGAAGAAGCAUACAAAAAUGCUGUGACAGAACUGAAGAAAAAGUCACACUUUGGAGGGCCAGACUAUGAGGAGGGUCCUAAUAGUCUGAUUAAUGAAGAAGAAUUCUUUGAUGCUGUUGAAGCUGCUCUUGACAGACAGGAUAAAAUGGAAGAACAGUCCCAAAGCGAAAAGGUUAGAUUACACUGGCCAACAUCCUUACCUUCUGGAGAUGCAUAUUCUGCUGUGGGGACUCAUCGAUUUGUGCAAACGCCCUAUAGUCGCUCUUCCUCCAUGUCUUCCAUUGAUCUAGUCAGUGCCUCUGAUGAUGUUCACAGAUUCAGCGCCCAGGUGGAAGAGAUGGUACGAAACCACAUGACGUAUUCUUUGCAAGAUGUAGGAGGAGAUGCCAAUUGGCAGCUAGUGGUAGAAGAAGGAGAAAUGAAGGUAUACAGACGAGAAGUGGAAGAGAACGGAAUAGUUCUAGAUCCUUUGAAGGCAACCCAUGCUGUUAAAGGGGUAACAGGACAUGAAGUUUGCCACUACUUCUGGAAUGUUGAUGUUCGUAAUGACUGGGAAACAACAAUUGAAAAUUUCCAUGUUGUGGAAAAUUUAGCUGAUAACGCAAUCAUCAUUUACCAGACACAUAAGAGAGUGUGGCCAGCCUCUCAAAGGGAUGUGCUGUAUUUGUCUGCCAUCAGAAAGAUACCAGCAUUCAGUGAAAAUGAUCCAGAAACAUGGAUUGUGUGCAAUUUUUCUGUAGAACAUGACAGUGCUCCUCUGAACAAUCGCUGUGUCCGUGCCAAAAUAAAUGUUGCAAUGAUUUGUCAGACGUUAGUAAGCCCACCAGAGGGCAACAAGGAAAUAAGCAGGGACAACAUUCUGUGCAAGAUUACAUAUGUAGCUAAUGUGAACCCAGGAGGAUGGGCACCAGCAUCAGUGUUACGGGCAGUGGCUAAACGAGAAUAUCCAAAGUUCUUAAAGCGUUUUACAUCGUAUGUGCAAGAGAAGACAGCAGGAAAGCCUAUUUUAUUCUAGUACUAGCAGCAAUCAGAACAAGACUGGGUGAGCAUUCCACAUUGGAGAAGUGACCAUGCACAGAGCACUCCAUGCUGGAACGAAGGAUCUACAGUCUUUUUAUGGCCCAGGUUCUAGGCUUUGUAUACUGAAGUGAAGAAGUGUUGCAACACCAUGGGGCUGAAUAUUUAACAAUAGCUCUCUCCUGCUAACUUUCUUGCUGAAUCAGUGUGUAAUUAUAAAUACAUGUAUUGAUAACAUGUAUAUUGCUCUAUUUUUAUUUGCUUGCUUUAGAAGAAGAAAAGUGCAUACAACUUUGAAUCACCAACAUGGGCUACUGUGUUAAUUUUAAACAAGUUGUAGAAUUUCAUUGUCAACCUUCCUAAGAUACUUGUGCAGUUUUUGUGCAUGUGUAAAAAGCACAAGAGACAAAUGCACAUAUAGCAUACUGUAUGUGCUUUAUAUGCACAAAAAUCUGUGUGGUAUUUUGGGGUUGUUGAAAGGAGUGGCUUCAGUAAAACCUAGUUGGCAGGUUUUGUUUUGCUUUGUAUAAUCACAGUUCAUUGCUGCUGGUUUCUAUAAUGAAUCAUCUUGUUACAUAAAAUGCCAGUUAAUAUCUGAGGGCUGUCAAUAUCCUUAUGACUUUGCCUUUUCUAUUGUCUUACUCUUAUGACGAUCUUUAGUUCUGAAGGAGUAAGAGUGUGAAAAGCUUUAUUUUUUUCCAGAUAUCUUUAUAUUUCUAUUGUAUUUUUUAGUUAUGUAAUAUGUGCUGCAUAAUUUUUGUUAUUAAACAUGAUCCAGAAAUACCUAGAAAGAUUCUGUAUGAGAGGGCAAGAGACUGCCUAAAAUCUAGGAGACAUCUGUCCAUGCUAUCUGGGGACUGCUUUCUUGGAUGAUAUCUGGGGCUUUCCCAAAGCUGUGAGAAGGUACACUAUAAUAUUUAUUGAAGUAAUUUGGAUUACAUAAAACAACAUUCCCAGUCUAGAUUGAGGAUGAGCACAUUAUUUUCAGAUCCUGCAUGUGUCUUCCUCAUCUCAAUAAAGCUGUGCUAUGAGGUUCAUGUAGAAAAUUAUUUGCCUCUUGAUCAAAAACCCAUCAGAGCUAUAAGAAUGCAUAGUUCUUACUGGAAAGUUCCCUUUAGCUGCUGUGAAAAUUUAAAUGUCAGAUGUUUGCCUGCCUUUGAUUCUGGAGAUACUUGUUAAGAGAGGACUGUGUUGGGCUAGUACUGACUGUGAGGUCUUUUAUCCAUGUCCUGUAGUUGGAAACUCUUCAGAGACUGCUCGGUGUUUCACUAAACUGGGUAUCUUGAGGAAAAAAGUUUCAGAUAUAUUUUCUUUAAAAGAAAGCUGAAAGUCAGAUUUAUUUGAUAUAGUGUGGUAGGUGCCUGAAAAGAGAUAUAAUACAGUAAUUUAGUGAAGAUUUGGUAAAUGAGUAAAUAUGAUCUGCACAGUGUUGAAAAACAUCUCUGUUCAUCUUCUCUGUAGAGAUGAAACCAUAUCUAACACAUGAUUACACACGCAUGCAGAUUUCAUGCUCCAUAACUCUUCCCUUUUUAUUUGCCUUUCUCUAAUGGUGUGCAUGGAAUAUGCCUUAUUACAGAGUUAUUCUGUUCAUUUGAAUAUGUAGAAAAGUGCCUAUAUGGUAAUGUUAGCAAGGCAAAUAAGACGAAAAUUUGUACAUCUUUACUAUAUCACCAGUGAGCAUUUUAUAUACUGAUGUUAAAAAACAAAAUCUUAUACCUCAAAAUGUACGUCAUCUUUUUACAAUCAACCAAGCAGUGGUACAUUCCACCAUAGCCACUGAUGGGAACAUAAAAAAAAAGUCCAAAAUAUAAAGAGUUUAACUCCUUAUUUGCCAUUUCUGGUAAUUGUUGGAACACGGGCAAGUUUAUUAAUUUAAUAGAAUAGCUUUAUUUUACAAAGGUAUGGAAAGUUUACAAAGCAGUAUAUAAACUUAUAUCAUUAGUUGCAUUUGCACUAAAUGUGAUGUACUUUUGCGAUUUAUUCUAUAAAUAAAAUGACACUACAGAUACUAUUUGUAAAGAGUAUGUUUUACUUUUAGAUAAAGGCACUGGUACUUCAUUGUAGCUAGCCCUGCCCAAUCAGAUUUGUAAGAGGCUUUUUAAAGACUAUGGAAGGAGUUACGUGUCUGAGAAAUCAUUAUUAAUGGACCUCUGGAAAAGUAAUCUCAAAAGGCAGUAGGCCUCUCAUAUUGUCCUUGUGUGAGUAGCCAUUAGAUCCUUUCUUCUGGAAGGGAUGUUGCUUUUAUGGUUUUAUACAAUUUACCCUGUCUCUUGAGCCCAUCUGUCUUGUCAGUCACUGCCAGGUCUGUGCACUCUGAGUUAAUUUCCUCCUGUUAAUAGAUCAAGAGUGUUAACACAGCUGUGGUGGUCUUUGCAGAAGCAGCUUCUGACUCUAGAAUGGUUGUUUUGUAAGCUGAACCAGUUCAAAAGGCUGAAAAUGCAGCAAUCGUCGGAUAUUGUUCUCUGGAUAUUUGCAUCUGUUUGGAGAAUUUGGAUGUUGCCAAACUAGAUCUGAAGGACAUGACUUGAUAGAACUUGUACUGGGAAUGAAGAUGAGAUGGUCAUUGUUAUUCUGUCUGAGAACCUGAAAAUCUUUGACAAAUUUAUCUGUGAAAAAUGUGAUGCACUUUGUAAAAACCUUACCUUUUACUUAAUUGGGCUGAGCUGGCUUAUCUGAAGUUGUGCAGAUUCUCUUUAAUCAGAUUGUCCACCUGUAUUUUUGUCAAGUUGUACAGAUAAUGCUGUAUUUGAAUUGCCACUGUUCAUUUACAGACUUAAAACAUGAAUCAUAUUUUUGAGUACCUUGAGUGUGUAGAGUUGUAACUGUUCUAUAAUAGCUUUAUGAUCCUAAUGAUAAGUUUUAAAAAUUAAAAGAAGUUGGCUCUUACAUGUUACAAUCACAAAUUUAAAACCAGUAUUUAAAAUUUAAAAGUAUUAAAAAUUAUGAAGAAAAA